AUGAAAUCUCACUUCUUGUUAGGAAGCCUUGACAUCAUGUCAGGUCUUCUCGACGAAGCUCCGACUCCUCGCUCGUCGAGGAAGGAGUCUUCAGGACGAUGUGAUACAAUUUACAUUCCGUCUGAUGGCUCUAUCACUCCAACCGGCUUCGUGCGUCUUUACAGUUCACCCAAGCGAACCAAAGACACCGUUCCAAAUAUCUCAGGGGAUACUGAGAUCAACAGCUUAAUAUCACAGCGUGCUAGACACCAGCUACAAAAGCCGUUGGCAGGAUCUACUCGGAGAUCUCCACUCCAGCAAAACUUGAAGGUUAUCCAGGCAAGGGCGACAACAGUUGAUGUCCCUGGAACAGGUGGUGGCAAAGAAAAUGUCCCUCCUGGACUUUCCGUUAUCACCAACAACAAAAGCCAAUUAGAGAAAAUGGCUCGUCCAGUCUUGCAAAACGCUAGUUUCGAAAAACACAUAACAACGAAACCCGAAGAAGCGCAAAUAGAGUCACUGAAGCGAGUAGCUCUGUGUGAAACUCGAGGAAAUGUUGUUAGAGUCCCCAAAAGGAUAGAUCAUUCAUCGCCUGCUGAGAAUCCUUUGGCCUCCGCUUUAAAGCGUGCCUGCUCUGCCAUCGUUAUUCAACGGGCAUGGCGGUCAUUUACAGAAAGGCGGAAUAAGUACGCGUGUGCUAUUGCUACGGCUAGGACAGAGUUGGCUUGUGACGUGAUUACUCGAUGGUGGCGUGGUGUUAAAGCCUGCAAGCUGCGAGAGCAGACAGAGCAGGUGAAGUUGAUGGAGCGGGCUGAACAAACACCCCGACGCAAAUCUGCUGGUCAGCGACAUUCUGUUCGCCAGGGCCAGAGUUCUGGCCGCCGAGGCAUUCGGCGCCUCUGA